CUGGGUCGGGCAUGAGGAUGAAGUGUGCCUGUGUGCAGGCGGCGGCCGCAUCUUACGAGCGGUUGCCUAGUGUCUCGGCGUCUAUUGGAGACUUGGCUCACAGUCCCGAGGAGAAGGAAAACAACGAUAAAGAGGAGAUGUUGGUGUUCUACAACGAUGACGACAGCUACCAGACGGUGCUGGCAGAACAGAACCUCUGCUGCAGCGAUCUGUGCGCGCUGCUGGCUGUGAAGAACAGAGUGGCUAAAGACGUCAACUGGACCAUAGUGGAACACUGGGUCGACGCUGGACUCGAGAGGAGCCUGGAGGACCACGAGGAAGUCAUGGCGGUUCACAGGGAGCUCCAGGCGUUCUCUCGUCACUCGCCCAAGAGGUUCGUGUUCAGGAAGGACUUCAGGAAGUACGAGUUCUUCUCAAACCCACAGCAAUUCUUUCCCGAUGACAUGGUGGACCUAACAGCUUGGAACAAUCUGUUUCCGACGAAUGGGUCUACGACGUUGUUACAGACUAUACUGACGACAACUGCCGAAUGUCCUCCCAUCUUCAGCCAAGUCUGGGUGAGAGAUCUUCACAAACAAGUCUGGGCCAAAGCCUUCCUCAUGCUCAAAGACAGAAACCUCUACCUCUCCUUCAAGGUUCAAAUUGUCGCAAAGUUCCUGCGCCAUUGGAGAGUUCGGGACAGCAGUCUGGUCAUCAAUCAGGAAAGGAUACCAGACGAUGGUGAGCGAGGAAACCUGCAGCUGUUUGCUCGCCUGAGUGACUACAACGUCUACACCACCAUCAACGCCAAGAACCACCUGAGAGCUCCAACGGAGUUCGGCAUCUGUCUGCGCGCGCCAGGCUCCGACGACCCUGCAGAUCUACGCUGUCUUGCCUGCGAGAACGAGCGUGCGCGAACGUGCUGGCUCAUAGCAAUGCGGCUCGCCAAAUAUGGAAAGCAAUUACGGGAAAACUACCGUGCUUUCAAGAACAAGCAACAGAUGGAGACUCUGAAUCCCCGGGACUACAGCAGCUACACUGUUCCUAAUGAAAGUGUGCGGUCGCGAGUGGCCAUGGACUUCACAGGCUCGACCGGCCGCAUCGUAGAUGACCCUAAGGAGGCACGUGCGAUCGCACUGGCCGAGGGCAACACGUGGAAGAAGAAGUUGCGGAACAUCAGCAAGAUGGGCGUCACGCAAGGCAUAGAGUCUGGGGUACACAUCACACAGCCGUGGUUCCACUCCGGCAUGACGCGGGACCAAGCCACCCAACUGGUCAAUAAACACGGCACAGUGGACGGUGUGUUCCUAGUAAGAGAUAGCAGAACAACGGCUGGCCAGUUUGUUCUCACAUUCAAGUGUGGAGGAAAAGUGUUUCACAUGAUUAUAGUUCCUGUGUCAGACCCUGUGCGAGGAGGUGUGUUCUAUUCUUUGGACAACGGAGCCACCAAGUUCUACGAUCUCUUACAGCUGGUGGAGUUCUACCAACUCAACGCUGGUUGUCUACCUACGCGACUCACGCACUACCUAGUAGAAAGCCCCACCGGACCACUCUACGCAGACAAGCCCACCGUGCCCUCCGUAUAACCCACCAUAACCUCCACGCUGCUGGUGCUUUGAUGAAACAGCCGGAAGAUUUAAGAAAUAUUUGAAUCUAAGUCUAUGUAUGGUCUCAAUAAUAGGUUAAUGUUAGGUCGAAUUGUACAUAUUUAAGUUAGGUAUAUCGUUAUCUAUGUUGUCUACUUUUAUAUUUUCUAUGUUAAAGUAUUUAAUCCCUAUUUAUUGUCUUGUUACUUUGAAGAUCUUGAGUUAGACUGGAUGGUCGGGCGAGGAGUAGUUCUUUAAAGUAAUUUGGUGAUCUAGCUUUAAUAAUGUUAUUUGUUGAUUGUUUUGGGGCUUGCAAAGAUCGAACGAGAUCUAAUUGGAUUUGUUUAACACGUUUAGAUAAUUUAUCACAGAUUAACAUUGUUGUAGAGUCAGCAGUGAAGGUGGACUUUGCAGGUCCCAGCGUGUUGCCAUCAUUUCCUAUCAUCCCUCUGGUUUCGGUCGAGGGAUCAGUAUUAUAAUUACAUAAACAUCAUUAAGUGUCUCGUUUGCUUCACAUUUUAACCCGAAAAGUCAAAGCAUUUAUCUUAAAAAAGUAUGACAGAUUUUGGAUUUAUCUUUUGAAAAUUAAAUCAAAGCUGAUUUAUAGCGACACUUUAAUACAUAUUCUUGUGCUAUGCAAUUGUUAUUAUGUAUGGGUUACUUUAUAUUCUAUUUUGAGUAUGGCUUAAAUUAAUGUAUUGUAAAUAAUUACCGUUAUUGAAGUGAUUUUGUUAGAAUGGAUAUAUAGUUUAAAUGUAUUAAUAUCAUUAUACUAAAUUUGAACUUUUAAAAAUGAACUUUCUUAUAGGAAAAUCAAUGUCUUAACUUAUAAAAAUAUAACAUUUUUUAAUUGUUAUUAAUCAAUUUUAAAUGUUAUCAAUAUGUGUAUAAAGCACAGAAAUCUAAAUUGUUCAGCAAUAAUCUUUAUUCAUCUAGUACAAAAUCAUCAAUCUGUAAAUGUCUGUUUUCAAUAUAAUAAUAAUAAUGAUUUACUGAGUGAUUUGUAUAAAAAUAAUUGUGUUAGUAAAAUUAUAAGUACAAAAACAUAUUUUGUUAGCCGAAUGAACCAGGAAUGGACGCUAAUAGUUGUCAACCAUGUUUUCUAGUGGUAAGGAAGGUUUAAAUAUUUAUUAAUUUUAAAAUUUAAAGUAGAAAAUAGAUUAAUUUAUUGUAAAAAAUUAGUAGUGUAUUUAUUUACAGUUUUUUAGCGUAUGAAAUAUAUUAAACCAAAAAUGGUAAUCUUAAACUAAAGAACUAUGUUAAUCAUAAUACACUCUUGCCUGGUAAAAUAAUUUUAAGAUAAUAACUUUUUGCCGAAGCAUCCAAAGGAAAGGAUAAAAGCGUUGUCAGGUGAAUUGUUAACUGUGUGUUAUUGUUUUAAUUCACUAUACUGUCGGCCAAGGGCUUAUUGUUAUUAGUUUAAUUAUUUUAAAGUUUUCUCCACUACGGGAAGGAGUCAGAAAACCAUACAAAGAUGGAAAAAACUUUAAGGAACUUUCAAACAUGUACAAUACCUGUCUUGAAAAAUGUUUAUUAUGUAAAUUUUAAUCAGGUUAAGACAAUUUUUAACAUUACUUUAGUAUUAAACAAGUUUCAUGUAAGUCUAAGAGAAGUGAGUAUAGGGCGAAUAUAUAGACUUUAUGUACAUAGAGGACAUAAGUACUGUAUAUUUCCUUAAGAGUUUGCCUUACGCUGAUGUGUGUGGAGAUUUGUCCAGAUGUAAAUUUUAAGUGUGUGUAUGAAUGACUAGAAAUAGUUGGCCAGUAAAAUGAAAUAGUUGUAAUGUAUAGCAAAAUACUGAACAAUAAGAAUAAAACGUGAUCAUAGUAUGAUUACGUUGUUGAAAAUAGGUUAAAGCAAUGAAUUGAAUAGCAAAAUUAAUACAAACUUAAAAUUAAAUUCAUUGAAAAUGUUAAACUAUAGGUGUUACUUAAAAUUGAUCUCUUACAGCCUUCAAUAUUUUGCUAUGAAUUAGCAUAGAAAUCAAAAUUCAGCCUUUCUGUAACGCAAAUGUAAAAAUAAUAAAAAAAAGAAUGUGUAUUACGUUAAGGUUUAUUUUUUUUUUACAUUAAAUUGUAAAUAGUUAAAUUAAUUUAAUAAAGUAUUUAUUUUAAUUGUGAAGCAUUUAAUCUCUUUCUAAGUUUAUUCCCAGAUUUAUUGGCCACUCACAUGUUGUUAAUACCAAAUGAAAACGCAUUCAAAUUUGAAAAAUUCAUACUGUUUUACCGGUAACGUUACUCUGUAAGUCUAUCUGCUUGAGAAAAUGAUUUCUAAUGUGUUCUGGACGCAGGAACAUUCGAAACACCAUGUAGAGUACAAGAAGCCUAGAGCACAAAACUAACCUAACCUAACCUAGCAUAACUAACGACUCAGUAUUACUACAGUAGUGGCCACAGGGUUUUAGUUUUAGUUGUAGUUUAGUUUAUCAUCUGGCUGUGGAUUAUUUUAAUUUGUGAUCACAGUUUGAUUAAGUUAAUUUCUAGUGUAAGCGCGCUGAGAAGAGACCAAAAGCAAUUUGUUGUAGGACCUUCUGAUUUGUCGUUGUCACUCUUACUGUUUGUCUGUGUCUACAAGUUAAGUCUGACUGUAUUGAAGUGUAAAGUGUAUUUUUGAAUAAACAGAUUUAAUUUUGUA